CCUGUGUGAUCUAACGAGAGCCUUUUAAAAACAUGGACUCAAACUGUACAACUGUACAACAGUAUGUGAUGACCCCGUCGCUCACGGUGCUGUGAAAAUGAGAUCUCUCUUGCUGAUCUGCAUCGUGGGAAUUGGUUUUUUAACAACAGCACUUUCCCUGAAAAUUUGCUCCUUUAAUGUCCAAAGCUUUGGAGAAGCAAAAGCCAACAACAAAAGAGUUAUGGGGAUUUUAACAAAGAUAAUUUCCCGCUGUGACCUCAGUUUGAUUCAGGAAGUGCGAGACUCCAAAGGUAAAGCCAUUCCUGCACUGCUUAUGAACCUAAACAGGUUUGAAAAAUCUAAUGUGUACACUCAUUUAGAGAGCCAAAGGCUGGGGAAGAAUGCAUACAAGGAGCAGUAUGUUUAUAUUUAUAGGAAGGAUGUAUUGCAGGUGCAAGAGCAAGUCUAUUAUCAUGAACUGAAACAGGUAGAGUUCAAUGAUACCGAAACAUUCUCCAGAGAACCAUUCAUCAUAAGGAUCCACUCACCCACAACCUUUGUGAAAAACUUUAUCAUCAUUGGUCAUCACUCAUGUCCUAGGAAGGCCAUGAAUGAGAUGGAAGAACUUUUUGAAGUCUUUCAAGUUGUCAGAAACAAGUGGAAAACCGAGAAUGUGAUGCUCCUGGGAGAUCUGAAUGCUGACUGUGGCUAUGUCACUAUUAAAGGCCUGAAGAAGCUUAGACUAAGGAAUGAUCCAAAGUUCCUCUGGUUGAUUACGGAUGAACAGGACACCACUGUUCGUGAUAAAACACACUGCGCUUAUGACAGGAUAAUUGUACAUGGAAAAACACUGAUUUCUGGGAUUGUACCGGACUCUGCUCAACCCUUCAACUUCAAAAGGGAGUUCAGUUUAAGUGAACAAGAGGCUUUGGAAGUGAGUGACCACUAUCCAGUAGAGGUUGACCUAAAGUCAAGUCAUCACUACCACCUCCGGAAUGAACUCUGAACAAAAACCUGUACUUUUUGUACCUUUUUAUUUGACCAUAUCUUUGAAUCCUUGAGUGGCUGUUCCAAAUUUGCUUCUGAUGAUUUUUAAUAAAAUAUUUUAACAAUUUUUGCUAUUGCAUAUUUUCCACCAUAUAAUACAGUCAUACACUGAUCAGCCAGAACAUUAAAACCACUGACAGGUGAAGUGAAUAACAUUAUCUCAUUACAGUGACACAUGUCAAGGGGUCGGAUAUAUCAGGCAGCAAGUGAACAGUCAGUUCUCAAAGUUGUUGUGUUGGAAGCAGUAAAAAUGGGCAAGCAUAAGGAUCGGUGUGACUUUGACAAGGGCCAAAUGACAGUUGGGUCAGAGCAUCUCCAAAACAGAAGGUGUUGUGAGGUGUUCCUGGUAUGCGGUGGUUAGUACCUACCAAAAGUGGUCCAAGGAAGGACAAAUAGUAACCCGGAGACAGGGUCAUGGGCAUCCAAGGCUCAGUGAUGCACAUGGGGAGUGAAGGCUAGCCCAUCUAGUCCUAUCCCACAGAAGAGCUACUGUAGAACAAAUUGCUGAAUAAAUUAAUGCUGGCCAUUAUAGAAGGAUGUCAGAACUCACACGCAUCAUAGCUUGCUCCUUAUGGGGCUGCGUAGACACAGACCGGUCAGAGUGCCCAUGCUGAUCCCUAUCAAUUGCCAAAAGUGCUUACAAUGGGCAUGUGAGCAUUAGAACUGGACCAUGGAGCUAUGAAAGAAGGUGGCCUGGUCUGAUGAAUCCUGUUUUCUUUUACAUCCUGUGGAUGGCGGGUGCAUGUGCAUCGCUUACCUGGGGAAGAGAUGGCACCAGGAUGCACUAUACAAAGAAGGCAAGCUGGUGGAAAACACACUGUGCUUAUGACAGGUCUACAGCAAAUACCACAAGGUUGCAUUUUGCUUAGAAAUAUUAUGACUUUAACAAACCAUUAGUCAAGGGCAAAACAAACAACUUAUCGCUUUCCUGGGAAAGAAUGGCACCAGGAUGCACUAUGGGAAGAAGACAAGCGGGCAAAUGCAGUCUGAUGCUCUGGGCAAUGUUCUGCUGGGAAAUCUGGGUCGUGGCAUUCAUGUGAAUGUUACUUUGACACAUACCACCUACUUAAACAUUGUUGCAGACCAUGUCAAAAGUAUUCUCUAAUGGCAGUGGCCUCUUUCAGCAGGAUAAUGUGCCCUGCCACACUGCAAAACUUGUUCAGGAAUGGUUUAAGGAACAUAACAAAGAAUUUAAGGUGUUGACAUGGCCUCCAAAUUCCACAGACCUCAAUUUGAUCGGGCAUCUGUGGGAUGUGCUGGACAAACAAGUUUGAUCCAUGGAGGCCUCCCCUCACAACUUACCGGGCUUAAAGGAUCUUCUCCACAGCACACCUUCAGAGGUAUUGUGCAGUCCAUGCCUCGAUGGUUUUAAUGUUAUGACUAAUUGGUGUAUAGUCACACUGUAUGUAGAAACAGACAUUAAAUCAAAACAUGGUUAUUUUCUCAGAACUGAAAGGUAUGUGGACAUAAACUAGCUAACCAAGAACAUUUUAUUAUAAGACAUUUUAUUAUAGGACAU